AUAAGAGGUGCGCUCCCUGCGCUGCCGUUUGUGUGAGACCACUACAACAAUACAAAAUACUUUUUGGGAUAGCUAAAUAUUUAAACAGAAGAGAUUGUUCGACUUUAUUGAAACCGUGUUAAAUAACUUUAAAGGAUUGUAAUAGUUUUGUAAAGUAUUAAGUGUUCCACGAGGUAUGGAACAAAGGACAACAAAGGACUUCACAUUGUUGCUGACUUUUUGGUUCCGCUAAAAAAAAACUUUUUGGUUCCGCUCAACGAAACUCAAGAUUUCCUCAGGUGUUGUGGAAAAUAAUGCUUCUGUUGGUUUGUUGAUGGCGAAAUUUCUGAGUUUUUUUUGUUAACAUCACCGGAAGAAGCAUAGACACCUUGUGAAGAGGACCAAUCAUCAGCUGCUGUCACGACACAUUCAGCUCCUCUACUGUUGUAAUGAUGGAGUGUGUUAAAACUGACCCUGAAUCAUUCACUAUAACACCUCAGCAUACUGAAGAACAAACAGGCCUGACGGGAGUGAAAGUGGAAGAUCAACAACAAAAUGAAAUGGAGGAUGAACAUCAGCACCACAAUUUCAUAUGUGAAGAAAAUUCAUUCAGUUGCUCACAAAAUGUUGAGAAUUCACCUCAAGAAAGAAAAGAAGCCAAAAUCUCAAAGAGUUUUCCACAGAAGACUCGCACUGGAAAAAUACCAUACACCUGUUCUCAGUGUGGAAAAUGUUUUAAACAAAAACGAUAUCUUAAUCAUCACUUAAAGUGUCAUACUGAAGAAAGACCAUACACCUGCUAUCAGUGUGGAAAAUGUUUUAAACGAAAAGAAAGUCUUAAUGCUCACAUAAAGUCUCACAGUACAGAAAGGCCAUACAGCUGCCCUCAGUGUGGUAAAUGUUUUAAACGAAAAGGAGCUCUUAAUGAUCACCUAAAGACUCACACUGGAGAAAUGCCAUACAGCUGCCAUCACUGUGAGAAGGCUUACAAACAAAAACGACACCUUAAGGCACAUCUGGUCAGUCAUGGAGAUGGGAAACCCUUUGUAUGCCCUCAGUGCGAUAAGACUUACAUAAGUAAAAACAGCCUUAAGGAACAUUUAGUAAGUCACAGUGUUGAGAGACCAUUUGAAUGCCCUCAGUGUGGUCAAUGUUUUAAACAAAAAGGAGCUCUUAAUGCUCACAUGAUGUCUCACACUGGAGAAACGCCGUACUGCUGCCCUCAGUGUGGAAAGACUUACAAUAAUAAAAAACAGCUUAAGCAACAUUUUGUCAUUCAUAGAGAUGACAGACCUUUUGCAUGUCCUCAGUGCGAUAAGACUUGGAUGAGUAAAAAUCACCUAAACGAUCAUUUAGCAAGUCACAGUGUUGAGAGGCCAUUUGAAUGCCUUCAGUGUGGUAAAUGUUUUAAACGACAAGGAGCUCUUAAAUCUCACGCCAUGUCUCACACAGAAGAAAGGCCAUACAGCUGCAAUCAGUGUGAGAAGGCUUACAAACAUAAAAGAGACCUUAAGGAACAUCUGGUCAGUCAUGAAGAUGGGAGACUCUUUGUAUGCCCUCAGUGCGAUAAGACUUGCUUAAGUAAAAACAGCCUUAAGGAUCAUUUAAUAAGUCACAGUGUUGUGAGACCAUUUGAAUGCCUUCAGUGUGGUAAAUGUUUUAAACGACAAGGAACUCUUAAUGCUCACAUAAAGACUCACAAUGAAGAAAGGCCAUACUGCUGCCCUCAGUGUGGAAAGACUUACAAAAAUAAAUUCCACCUUAAGGAACAUCUGGUCAGUCACAUAGUUGACAGACCUUUUGCAUGUCCUCAGCGCGAUAAGACUUGCGUAAGUAAAAACAACCUUAAGGAACAAUUAUUAAGUGACAGUGUUGAGAGGCCAUUUGAAUGCCUGACUGUGGUAAAUAUUGUAAACAUAAAAGAUAUUAUCUUAAUUUCCACCUAAAGUAUCACACUGGAGAAAGAUCAUUCACCUGCCCUCAGUGUAAAAAGACUUUUCAACAAAAGGGAACAUCUGGUCAGUCACAUAGACGAGAGACCCUUUGCAUGCCCUCAAAAGUUUGUUUCGAUAGGAUUGCUAAGGAGACACCAGAAGACGCAUAAAACAUAAAAAGUUGUGACUUAUCUCCGUGUGGAAAUGCCUUCCUGAGAGCCGGAGACCUGGAGUGGAACCAAAUUCUGGAGAAAUUUCCUAAAAAGUGCUCACAUUGUUUCAACUACAAACUUACAGAGAAAAGCGCUGGCUGCAAAAAGUGAACAAAGAUCAACAUCAAUUUUCAGAUCCACUACUCAAAAAUAUAUUUUUAAAGCAUUACAUCAAGUGCUGAAAUGUGUUUCUGUAGCUCAGCUCGUAGAGCGUUGCGUUAGCAGCAGUGCAAAAGAUAUUUGGUUCAAUACCAGGAACACCUGAUGAAAUGUAUUGUAACUUUCGUUGGAUAAAAGCGUCAGCCAAAUUGAUUCAAAUGUAAAUGUUUUUUCAUGUUGGAGUAGCAGAACUGUUUACUCAUUAGGGGUAAUUUGCAGGGGCGUUGCACAAGAUCUCGGGCCCUAUGCAUAGGCAGUCCUGAUGGGCCCCCAUGCCCCACCCCAUAAUAUACUCCAGACUUUUCAAGGGCCCUCUCUUCCUUUGGGGCCCUGGAAAUCAGUACUGGUUUUAUCCCCAGUCCGACACCCCUGGUAAUUUGUUAAAAAAUGCUAACAACAGUCUAUAUCUCCAUCCAUAUUCUUAAAAUCUAUAUUUUGUUUAUCAUGGAUAUGAAAGCAAGAGAACUAUACAUAUUUGUGUCUGAAGUGAGAUUAUUAAAGAAA